AUGGAACAUUCAUGUGUUCGACUUGAUGAUUUACCAGAUGAAAUUCUUCUGAUUAUUUUCCAAAAAUUAAACAAUUGUGAUGUACUUUAUUCUUUCAUGGGUCUUAAUGAAAGACUUGAUACAAUUCUCUACGAUAAAAUUUUUACAAUAAAUUUAUCAUUAAUAAAAUAUGUUCAUGGGUCAUCAUAUCAAUUUAAUAUAAUACUUGAUCGAUUUUCUCUUGAAAUUUUACCUAAAAUCAAUGAUAAAAUCGAACGACUUAGUAUUGAAUCAUCAUUUAUUAAACGUAUUCUUCUGGCAACAAACUAUCCUAAUUUACAUGCUCUUGAUUUAUAUGAAUUUGAACCUGAAACAGCCAGUACACUCUUCCGUGGUAAGAUAUUUUUCUUCUAUACUCUUUCAAUGAUUACUUAUACAAGAUAUCAAUUUGGAAAAAAUUCAACAUAUAAAGGCAUCAGUUAA